AUGGUCGCCCCCGGCAGAAUGGUCACCUCGUCCCGCCGUGCUGGGCGGGUGACCAACAAGACCAAGCUCUUGAUAUAUCGUGGCUCAGACAAGGUCGAUCCCGAAGUCGCGGAAACCGUGCUGUGGGACCAGGACUCGAGUGGGGCCGGCAAGGACAGCACCAAGCAUCAGCAUAUCGGCGCGACCGGCGUCGAGUCGAACGAGCUUCUGGAACACCAUCUUCAAGCUGCUCUAUCCUCCGCCUCUGUCAUCCACUCCAACGACAAGGCCCCCCAGUCCGCCGCCAACAAGGCAUCGGCUGUCCUCAACUACCACAUCCCCACCCCCGACGCCACUGGGCUCAUCAACAAUGCCCAGUUCGCUCAACUCUACCAACGGGUCAAAUACAAUGAACCCUACAAUUUCAUCCGCUUUUCAGACACUGUCGAGGAGAGCAGCUGCGGAUGGGGAGGGCUCGGGUACUGCAUGGAUGAUGCCGACGUCAGAUGGCUGGCCGACUUCAACUCGAAAGCAGAAGGCUCGAGCGGAGAGGUAAAGAGUGAGAAGGAGCAGGGACGAGGUCUGCGGGCAAAGGGCAAGGAGAAGGAGAAGGGUGAUGCGCCGCCGCCGUUAUCGAUAUCGGAGGACGUGUUCGAGUACAUCAUGGGUGUGUUUGACAAGUAUACGGAGGACAAUGUCCCCAUGCUUCACACAAACCUGGCACUCUUGCCUCCGUUCUCAUCAAUCGAAAACAUGUUUGCGUCGCCCAUCUCGCCGUCUUUUUUGCCCAGCAACGAACGACCUAGGGAGAUUAGCGAUUUCAAGGCCUUGACGCGGAUGGCGAGGAGUGUCUACUCUCACUGGAAGCAGAGACGCGAGCAGAGGCAAGGCAAGCCUAUUGUGCCUGCUCUCAACUUUGACGAGACCAACGACAAUGAUCCUUACGUCUGUUUCCGUCGCCGAGACAUCAGAGCCACCCGAAAGACGCGCCGUACCGACAACUUUUCCAUCGAACAAUUUCAGAAACUCCAGUUCGAGCUCAAGGCUGCCUACAGUCUCUCGCAAAUGGUUUUUCAACGAGAGACGGAGAAAAAGGCAUUCUUCAAAGCCGACAAGGAAGUCUGGGAAACAAGAUGGAAGCUGUUUGAGACCAAGAGACGGUGGCCGAGUCUGGGCUGUACUCCGCAGGAGGAAGAGCUCAUCACUGGUCGGACUCUUGGCCCUGCGCCGAUACAGAUCCCAUCUAUCAGUGCCCACGGCUCGAUUUCUUCGUCAUCUGGCAUCCAGCCCACUAUACGCAAGCGUAUGGAGAAGGAGCGGGACGAUCGAACCCAAAGGGACAGGUACGAUGCUCAGCAAAGAGGCGAGCGGUCAAAUGUCUUGUCUGGUCGAUCGAAUGCUCCGGAUGCUUUGAAGGACAGGCUGGCGGCGUUGCACCAGAAGAUCGAGGAUCUUAUGGCGAGGAAGAAGCACGAGGACUCGCAGUGGGACGACUACACAGACAACUCGUAUCAGCCCUUGUCAUCACCGUUGGCUUCGCGCCAUUACUCGUCCCUCUAUACCCUUGAUCCGUCACGCCUUAAUCAGAAGUCUGAUUUCGACGACGAAGAACUGGUCACACCAGAACAAUUCCGCAUCCGAACAGGACGAGGUGGUGUCGUGCGACUCGAUAGACGGACGCCUGUGGUCGCUCAUAGACGAGGGGCUCAACCAAAGACUCCGUCAGAGCUGCCAUCAUGGCUGUUCCCCGAUAGCGCUCCGAGUAAGCAGGAGCGAAAGCGGCCGCGGUCUAUCGACGAGGUCGAGGAAGAAACAUUGCCCAAGGUACCGAGGUCUGCAUCGACCGAGACUUGGAGAUACUCUGCGGACAGAGGAGGGGCGGUUGGUGUGGGUAUGGGGAUCACGGAAGAUCACGAUCGAAUUCUGAUUGAUGAUUUGGAUUCCAAAUACAUCAGAUAUCGUGUCAGCCUUUUGAAGGAGAAGGACAUUGACAAACUUCGACCAAACGCCUACAUCCUUGAACAAACAUACGAUGCUCUCGAAGCUGCUGCAGACGCCAAACCCCCUCCUGCGCCCAUCUUCCAAAAGCCUCCAGCUCCUCAGCACAACCCGCAAGUCAUUGCUCAUUUGCAACAACAGCAAAUGUUGCAUCAGCAGCAGCAGGUUGAGCAAUUCCAGAGGUUCCAGAUGAUUGCCCAGCAGCAGGCACUUGUCCAACAGCAAGCCCUCGCUCAAGCCCAGGCCCAGGCUCACGCGCAAGCGCAAGCACAGGCUCAGGGUAUCCCUCAUCCGCAACCCCAGUCUGGCAGCAAUCACAACUCGCCAGCCAUGCACGCUCAGCAGCAGAUUCUCGGCCGAGCGACUAGCAGAGUCAACUCGCCAGCUGUCAACGGUCAGCACCAGCAGCAAAUGCUCCAGCAGGCUACUGAAGGUGUUGCCAAGGGAUUGAAGCUGCCGGCGCACGCUGUCGCGAGACUUGGUGCGAUGGCCAACGGUCACCCUCACCUGAUGCAGCAGCAGCAAGGCCAACCUGCCCAAUAA